ACAUGAAGUGCCAGAAUGGUGCAAAAACAUGGAAAAGAGGGGGAGCAUCCCAUAUCUGUCCCAUUUCCUCCCACGCAGCGGCUCACACUGAAGGAAGUGUUUGAGGAUGGAAAGCCCAGGCUUGAUGUCUUGAAAAGCCACUUGGUGAAGGAAGGGCGGCUAGAAGAGGAUGCAGCGUUGAAGAUAAUCAAUGAUGGGGCUGCCAUUCUGAGACAUGAGAAGACAAUGAUUGAAGUAGAAGCUCCAAUCACAGUGUGUGGAGACAUUCACGGGCAAUUCUUUGACCUGAUGAAGUUGUUUGAAGUUGGAGGAUCACCCAAUAACACCCGCUACCUCUUCCUGGGAGAUUAUGUGGACAGAGGCUACUUCAGUAUAGAGUGUGUGCUGUAUUUAUGGAGUUUAAAGAUAAAUCAUCCCAAAACGCUGUUCCUGCUUCGAGGGAACCAUGAGUGCAGGCACCUCACAGAAUACUUCACCUUUAAACAGGAAUGUCGAAUCAAAUAUUCGGAGCGAGUGUAUGAUGCAUGUAUGGAUACAUUUGAUUGUCUUCCUCUUGCUGCCCUUCUAAAUCAACAGUUCCUGUGUGUCCAUGGAGGACUGUCUCCAGAAAUCACAUGUCUAGAUGACAUUAGGAAAUUAGACAGGUUUAAAGAGCCUCCAGCCUUUGGUCCAAUGUGUGACCUGCUCUGGUCUGAUCCAUCAGAGGAUUACGGCAAUGAGAAGACGUUAGAGCAUUUCACUCACAACACUGUUCGAGGCUGCUCUUAUUUCUACAGUUACCCUGCCGUCUGUGAAUUUUUGCAAAACAAUAGUUUGUUAUCAGUAAUCCGAGCUCACGAAGCCCAGGAUGCCGGGUACCGAAUGUACAGGAAGAGCCAGACAACAGGCUUUCCAUCGCUAAUCACAAUCUUCUCUGCACCAAAUUACCUAGAUGUGUAUAACAACAAGGCUGCUGUUCUGAAAUAUGAAAACAAUGUCAUGAACAUCAGACAGUUCAACUGUUCUCCACACCCCUACUGGCUUCCAAAUUUCAUGGAUGUCUUCACAUGGUCCUUACCAUUUGUAGGGGAAAAGGUCACAGAGAUGCUGGUUAACAUCCUCAACAUAUGCUCUGAUGAUGAGUUGAUUUCAGAUGGUGAUGAGACUUUGGAAGGAGGCACAACAGUCCGCAAGGAGAUCAUCAGGAAUAAGAUCAGAGCCAUUGGGAAGAUGGCUCGUGUUUUUUCAGUUCUCCGAGAGGAGAGUGAGAGCGUGCUGACUCUCAAGGGCCUGACUCCCACAGGUACGCUGCCUCUGGGAGUCCUCUCAGGGGGAAAGCAGACUCUACAGACUGCCACAGUAGAAGCGGUAGAGGCACGGGAAGCCAUCCGUGGAUUUUCACCACAGCACAAGAUUCGCAGCUUCGAAGAAGCCAGAGGGUUGGACCGCAUUAACGAACGCAUGCCGCCGCGCAAAGAUUCAGUGCACCCAGACGGGCCGGUGAACUUGGUAACCUCAACAAACUCUGCGGAAAAGAACGGCACAGGGAAGAAAGCUUAGUAAUGGUUCUAAUGCCCAAUCUGCACCACUAAAGGAUCCAAAACUUAAUGAAUUUUAUUUAUUUAUUAUUGGGGUGGGAUAGGGAUGGGAAAGAAAUAAACUUAACCUGGAGGCACGUUCAUAAUCCAGUUUGCAUCCAUUCUGUAAGAAGGGUGACCAUUUUGUAAUUUUUUUAAUUUAUGUUCAGUAUAUAAAAAGUCCAUCUUUUUUAAUUUAGAAACCAAUCUAAUUGCUAGUGCAUAUAUGAAAAUGUUGUGCUGUACAGCUGGUCUCUCCCCCACAGCAGGGGGACCUCUGAGGAUUAAAAACAAAACUCACCCAGAGUCCCAGGCACCUUUUGAUCUUUGACUUGGGUACAGGUUUCCAGUAGCCUCUGCUUUCGAAAGCAGCAUCUUUAAUUUUAAAACACGUUUUCACAACUGUCUUCCCCGAGUUCGCUGUUGUUUUCUUUAGCUUUUAUUGCCUAGCUGCGUCGGCAGCUUUCACAAUUGGUUUGUGGAAGGUGGUGUGCUGCUUGGUGUGAGUGGCUCAGACCCAUCCAUCUCUUUUUGGGAAGACUUCAUCCUAGGUAGUGAUAAAUUGGAUAGUUCAGAUUCCAGCUGGGAUCUUGGAUUAUCUCUUGGGGACAAGGGUGUGAAUUUUCCAAUACUCGCACAUUUGUCUUGAGGAUUCCAAUAGAACACAAAACCUCUCCGAAUGACCUGGAAGGUGGGUGUGGGAGAGCUUUUCUAUUCUUUCUACAACUUCAGGUUUUUAGACUGUGCAUGAAGCAAGCCAUUUGCACUGUUCCAUCAGUACAGCCUACACUCGAAGUGCAUCUAAGAGUUCUUUACGGAACACCAUGCAUUUUGAUUUAACUGUGCACUGAAACAGAAGUAGAUCAGUGCACGCUAGGUAACAUUUAGUGCAUGAUAGCAAGGUGUAUAUAGCCAGUUAGUGCACUAGGAUUUACAGCUUGCUGUGCACUAACUGUGUCUUGACAGGCCCCUGGUGUUGGUAUUGCCACAGUAGCAACCAGAAUACGCCCCCCACACACACACCACCCCCACCCACCCACGCACUAGGUUUAAGGGAUUAGACCAUUAAGAACCUCGUGGCCAGCAGAGGUAUAUAUCUGCCCUAUAAAAGACGACGAACCAGCCAGGGAAUGUCAGCGAUUCCAUUUGAAGGAGGGAGUAAUGGACCUGGCCACAGAUAAGUGGCACCAGGUGAGCUGAUGGAUGACAGUGGGGACAGAUUGGUGAGCUAUACUGAUCGUUGCUUCCUUUCCGUAAAUAGCUGUUGCAUGGUCAGAGCAGAGUUUGGUGAAACACGUACAUUUUUGGAAACCUCUGUGUCCUUCAGGUGUACUGAGGAGGAUAACAGAGAAGGAAAGUAGCUUGGAGACCUCAGUGGAGCUGAGCUAGAGAUUCUAGAAGUCUUUGUCUAGGAUCUCUCAGUGAGUUGGGGGAAAGGAGAUCUCUUUAGAGGACGGUGGGUUUCUGCUGUAAAUACGCUCAUGGGGAUGUGAAAAGAAUGGCCUCUCCAUUGUCAAGCGUUGGAAUCUAAAUAAGCAAAGUACCCAGUCUGGUCCAUUUCCUUUCGCAGACAUUAGCUGAAUCCAGUUUUGAAACCGACCUUGAAAAAUCCAAACCUGAUAUUUAAGAAAUAAAAACACCUCUUUUUCUGCCUUCCCUGAUUGGUCAUUUUAGCUGAAUCCCCUCCUGCUUAUUACAUUGCAUUAAAGCAGCAUCACUCAAGUGCUAACCCCUGGCUCCCUUUCAUGCCACUUCCCAAUUUAACAAAUGUACAACGUCCCUAGUGCCACCCAGAAGCAGGGUUAAACUCAGCCCUCUUGGUGAAGGGUAUUGCCCCUCCACCCAGCCUGUUCUUUGUUUUCUCUUGAAGCUCCUUGAUGUUACUGUCUUCACUUCAUGGUGUGGACAUUUGAUUCCAGUCCCAGAGGAAGGCAGCUGCCUCACAGGAUUGUCACUUCUAAUGUCACUUUGUGAAAGUGAAUGUUUUUGGAAGACUUGUCUGUUUUUCUCCAUCGGGGCAAGGGGUCCCUCUUGUUAUCCCUCCUAACCAUUGCAUCUUCCUUUAAAACAUUGCAGGUUAUGUGGUGCGCACUCCUGCUGGGUAAUACACACACUCUGACCUGGCUGAGAGAUUCUCUGAGCAGCAUCUCUGCUGCAAGAGCCAUGUGACAGGCACCACCUGAAGGAGAUACAUUUGUGCCUCCUUAAGGGUCAUAAAUAAAUGGGAGGCGGUUGUCUAGAUGGGAGCUCUCCUGUACAUAGAAAGGAUAGGAGGAGAGGACACUGUCAAGGUAUCUGCUCUUUAUUGCCUUUUGGAAGCUCACCCCUGAAAGUUGUGUCUGCCCAGUUAAAAUGAAAACUUUGCUCACGGACUCUGGACUGCUGGUGUUGGCUUUCGUGCAAAGAAAAGGCCUUUGCUCAUGAAAGGCUGUCCUGGUCUAUGGACUCUGCAGGCAGGUUUUUUGAGCAGGUCACGCUACCAGCUUCUGUGGUGAGCCUCUUGGCCAAUCCUCUUCAGUGAAAAAGAUUAGCUUCUGUUCCAAAGCUGGAGGCUUGUUGUGGCGUUGCAUAAGUGGUGGUUGCAAAGCAUGGUGCUUUGAAACCAUAGUUACUGGAACUGUGUGCCUGCCAAAAUGAUCUGUCCGCCACUGAUCUGGAGACACAAAGGGGAGGGAGGGGGGCAACAGUUGGCUUCCAAAAUUCAGUUUGACUUGUGACUUAGCGCUAUUGUGAGUGCCAGAGAACUUGUUUUUAAGUUUAUUAAUUGUUGGAUGGUAAACAGGAGUCCCAAAUCAUCCACUAAUUGUCAGUCAGUGAGGCUGUCUGCAGUCAGGGAGGAGCCCUGCUCUCACAUUAGUCACAAUCAGUUGGAAUAAGCAGUGCUGAGCGGCUCUGACAGCAGUCGCUAGUGGGCGGAAGGAGCUCUCUGGAUGACUCAUGGCGUCCCCAUGCAGGAGCUAUUGGGUCUUCCCCUCCUUUAUUCUAUCAAACUGAGAGCUGCUGGAAAUGCAUUCCGUAUCCCACACAAGCACACGCAGCCAGGAUGCUGUCAGGCGAAGCACAGUCUCCAGUUGCUAUGGGAACGUUAGUGCCAGGGACUCUGUUUCUUCAGCACAGUAUGCAGUGUUCUUAACUGGUGAGGGGGUGAGCAGCAGCACAGAUUGGGGAGAGUGGGUGUUAAUUACCCCUUAAUUGAUGAUCAUCUUGUAACCUUCCCUGUCCUGGCUUUUCCUCUUAAAUUGAGAGGUUAACUAGAUCCUGUUGCGUGGAGUGGUGCUGGAAAUGGAUAGCGGUGUGUGACUGGUGGUGACCAUGCAUGGAUGAGGAAGCAAUGUACCAUCACCAGCUGCAUUUCCCUUGGGCAUGUGGAGAUGCCACCUGGGGUCAGAGGCGGGGGAGGCCAGGACUUUGCUUUUAAAAUGUAAACACAGUAUGUGAACCAACCUUCAGCACUAAGCAUUUAACCCUCGCAGUCCCCUUUUGUUCUUUGUAACCAAGGAAGGAGAAGGGGAGAUACCUCAAAGCACAGGCCUUUGUGUGCUGGGCAGCUCUGGAAAGAAAGCAGAACUCAUUCCCAGCACAGCACAGCAUCACACCACACCACAGUGCUUGGUGCAAGAGGGGCUCCGCCUCCUGCCUGUCUCCACUGUAACAGUGGCCUUCAAAGCCAUGUCAGAGUGGGAGGGGCUUAAAUAUUCCCCUAGCUUCCAGCACAAAAGUACAGCAGAGACGUGAAGUAGUUUCUCCUCUUCCAGCUCCCCAUCCCAUCUCCCAGAACCCCAGCGCUGGUUCUGCCUUGGAACUAUGCAUGUCUGAAGAGGCCUCAUCCUGGAGCUCCAUUUGUCCUCUGUUUCCAUCCCCUCUUGCCAGCAAGCAAAAGCUUGACAAAUGAGACUUUGCAAAAAACAAAACAAAAAAACAACAAAAAAAAGAAACAUAAAAGCCAAGGAGUACAAUCAGUCCAUGGAAUGCCAGACUAUUAAGGGCAGUGCCACUGCACUCCUUUCUCCAGAAGGCUGUCCCUAGCAGCCUGUCUUAUUUUUGCAUGUUAUAGCAAGGUGCAUGUAACAAGGAGGGAGUCAGCAAUGGGGUAUUUUAGCAUUGGGAACAAAGGUGCAUUCGCCUUGUUUUGGGAGAACCUUUUACUGUGGUGCCAUCCCGCACACCUAUUUUUAAGGGCCUUUCUUGGCACAUCACGACACUCGGGUAAAUCUUCCCUAGCUAGAUUCUUGUAACGGAGCAGCUCAGAGGCUUGUCUGCUUCAGACACAAAGGACCGCAAAGCCCCUAAGAACACGUGUUGGGUAUGAUGAGGAUGACUUAGGUUCUCGACGCCGAAGGAGCAUAUGCCCAUUGCCUGGAGACUGCCUCCUUUUUUCUUGCUUUUUUUAGUUAUGUUUAAAGAAAAAUGGUGAAAAUGUUAUUUAUUGGCAGAAAUUAUUUAAUAUAAUUUCUUUUUUGUGAACAAGGAAUGAAUUUGUUAGAACUGUCUUAAUGUAAAUGGGAAGUCAUCUUUAAAAAAAAAAGUUAAAAAUUAAAUGACAGUCAUUUG